AUGACUCAAGAAGGAGUCCACGCACGAUCGACGUCAGGCGGAGCCGCCGAGGCGGCGACGGUGGAGGCGCGCGCGGUGCGGCGCGCGACGCGUCCGCACUCGUCGCCGCGCGCGUCCGCGACCCCGAGCGCACGACGAACGCGCGCGAAACGCACGAUGCUGUCCGUCUCGACGAACGCCGCGGCGUCCGUGCGCGGUCUUCGACUGCGCGCCACGAAGGCUUUACGCGGGGGCAAGCCCGCGACGCGCUCGGUGACGCUCCGACGCGGGGCGAUCGUGAGCGAUGAGACGAUCGUGGGCGGUAAAUCCAGCGCGGAGUACGAUGAAUUCGCGAGCCUUCUCGACAAGUACCAGUACAACUACAAGGUUGGCGACGUCAUCACCGGCCGAGUCAAGGCGUGCGAUGCGAAAGGGGCGUGGGUCGAAAUUGGCGCAAAGUCCGAGGCGCUCUGCCCGACGUCCGAGGCGUCGCUCGGCAGCAUUCGUAACGCUGCGUCCGUGUUCGACGUCGAUUCUGAAUACGACUUUGAAGUCAUCCAAGACGACAACGGGGAGGGAUGCUUGACGCUCUCCGUGCGCAGAAUGGAGCUCGCCAAGGCGUGGGACCGCUGCCGCGAAGCGCAAGCGGAGGAUGCCGCGCUCACGGGUGAAGUCUUGAGCGUCAACCGCGGCGGUUUGCUCGUCGAAGUUGAAAAGCUUCGCGGUUUCGUGCCGCAAAGCCACAUCGGCAUUCGCACCCUCAACCGUGAGGAGUUGGUUGGACAACAGCUUCCUUUCAAGUUUAUCGAGGUUGACGAGGAGAAGAACCGACUCGUGCUCUCGCACAGAUUGGCGACGGACAUGGUGUCCGCGGAAGGCUUAGAAGUUGGCGACGUCGUGGAGGGCAUGGUGCAAGCGGUGAAGCCGUACGGCGCGUUCGUGGAUGUCGGUGGUCAGAGCGGGUUGUUGCACAUUUCUCAAAUUUCGCACGAGCGCAUCGUUGCCGUCGAGAAUGUGCUGUCUGCGGGUGAUCGCAUCAAGGUGUUGGUCAUGUCCAAGGACGCUGAGCGUGGUCGCUUGUCUCUGAGCACGAAGAAGCUUGAACAAAACCACGGCGACAUGCUCCGCAACCCGUCCGCCGUCUUCGAGACCGCCGAGGAGAUGGGUCGUCAAUUCAGGGAGAAGAUGCAAGCCGCCGAGGGUGUCGUGAUGUCGGUCGAUGAGGGCGACAACUAA